AUGAAAAAAACAGCGAUCAUCGGCGCAUCCGGUUUUGUAGGUACGGCCAUUCUCAAAGAAGCAUUGGACAGAGGUCACCAGGUAACGGCCAUUGUACGCAAUCCCGAAAAAAUUGAAACCGUACAUCCUAACCUGACCGUAAAAAAAGGCGAUGCUUUUAAUGAAGCGGAGAUCGCCGGCCUGGUAGCUGGCCACGAUGCGGUGAUCAGCGCCUAUAACGGCGGCUGGACCAAUCCCGAUCUCUACAACGAUUUCCUGAAGGGCUCCCGGGCUAUUGAAGCAGCGGUGAAACAAUCAGGCGUAAAAUCCUUUAUCGUAGUAGGUGGUGCCGGUAGCCUGUAUAUAACACCUGAGCUGCAACUGGUAGAUACGCCCCAGUUUCCGGAGGCUUAUAAGCCAGGCGCUACCGCAGCGCGUGAUUACCUGAAUGAGCUGCGUAAAGAGGAGGAGCUGGAAUGGACCUUUGUAAGCCCUGCUAUAGAAAUGGGCCCCGAUACCUCCGGCGUUCGUAAAGGCACUUACCGCACCGGACUGGAACAACCUGUAUUUGAUGAGCAGGGAAGAAGCGUAUUGAGUGUGGAAGACCUGGCUGUAGCUAUUAUCGAUGAGCUGGAAACGCCGAAACAUAUACGCCAGCGGUUUACCGUCGCUUACUAA